AUGUCCCUUCGAAUUUUGUGCCCUCGAUCUGUCUCUCCAAAGUCGUCCUGCUCUGUUACCUUCUCACCAUUGCAACACUUGUCUUCAUCAAAGUGCGAAUUCUUUACGCCGAAGACAUUAAAACGUCAUGCAUCGCAGACUCUACGCCCGCUCAAAGGCGGUUCCUCCAUUUUGUCAAAACCAAGAAACCCAAGGAAGACAAUAGAAGAGCUUUACUUUAAAUUCGAACAAGAGAUUUCAAAUAACAAGGAAGGGACCAAGCUCUAUGCCGCAACGACAAUUGGAGCAUAUGUUUUCACCACCAGCACCACAGCGGCGUUUUGCUUUCUCUAUGCAGGUUGGAACUUUUAUACGACUACUGUCGACCCCUUGAUAGAAUUGAACCAGUUUAUCACCUAUGCUAUGGGAGGUAUAUGCGUGGUCAUGGGCGCUAUGGGUGCUGUAUUCAUCCGCCGUGGGACAGGCCUCAUAACUCGCAUUACCGCAAUCCCUGCCAGUGGCAGAACUCCCGAAAUUCGAAUAAAUGUGCGGCCAUUUUUUGGGUUCCUAAAGCCACGUGAGAUAAUCACCACUCCUUCGCAAAUAUCCUUAUCCGAACCUAUCUUUGUCUCGAAGCAGCAACUACGGGUACAAGAUAUGAGACAUAUACGUCAAGUUUUUCACGAGCGAGCUGUUGGACCACGUUUAUCGUUUUGGAAAAGUCCUUUGAAGAAAAUCAGCUAUGUCAUAUGGAAAACAUUUAUAAACAUGCGACGUGCGUUCACUCAGGAAGGAUUUGUUUACCUUGAAGUUAAGGGCGUCUCUGGCACAUUACGCCUGGAUAUCACAGGGUAUUUUGCCGAUGAGUUUCUCGCUUUUGAACGAUGUCUGGCUGAGGAAUCUAGUUAA